AUGAGUGCCCUGACGCGUUCAGGGGAGAGGAGCGGAGAAGGACCGGGCUCCCCCCGCCGAUGCUGGCGGCGCCGCGGUCCCGCCUUUGGGGCAGAGUUCAGAAGGUUCUCUCUGGAUCGCUACAAGCCAGGAAAGUUUGAAGACUUCUACAAACUAAUUCUUCACAUUCAUCACAUAGCCAACCUGGAAGUGAUGAUUGGAUAUGCUGAUGUGCAUGGAGACCUUCUCCCUAUUAAUAAUGAUGACAACUUCUUCAAGGCUGUUUCGAGUGCUCAUCCGCUGCUCAGGGUUUUUAUCCAAAGACAAGAUGAAGUGGACUACAGCAAUUUCGGGACCAAUACGCUGUCGAGGAAGAAGAAGGCUCUGGUGACACUGCGCAAUGACAACCUCCGCCGACGUCCCCACAUCAACAUUAGCAUGCCUCACGAUUUCAGACCAGUGUCUUCCAUAAUCGAUGUGGACAUUCUCCCCGAAACACACAGGAGAGUGAGGCUGUACCGGCACGGGUGCGAGAAACCCUUGGGGUUUUACAUUCGCGAUGGCACCAGCGUAAGGGUGACUCCUCACGGGCUGGAGAAAGUACCCGGUAUCUUCAUCUCCCGGAUGGUUCCCGGGGGCUUGGCAGAGAGCACGGGCUUGCUGGCUGUCAAUGACGAAGUCCUGGAAGUUAAUGGCAUUGAAGUAGCAGGAAAGACUCUCGACCAAGUCACAGACAUGAUGAUUGCAAACAGCCAUAAUCUCAUUAUCACGGUCAAGCCAGCCAACCAGAGGAACAAUAUUAUUCGGAGCAGUAGGAUGUCUGGUAGCUCUGGGCAGUCUACAGACAGCACUGCGAGUCACCAUAGCUUGCCUACAUCCCACAUGCUGCAGAACUUCCACCCUGAUGAAAUGGAGAGUGACGAAGAGGCUGACAUUGUCAUCGAGGGUGGUCUGGAGCCACAACACAUUCCUAAACUGCACAGCCUUACUUCCAGUAGCCUCUCUCGAAUCAAUGGCAGCAGCCUUAGCCACAGACUUCAAAGGGACCUGGUGCUCAACAACAACUCUGGCCGAGAAAGCAAUGGCAGCAUCCACAAAUUGCUCAGUUCCUUAAAAACUGAUCCCCGACACAGUCUGGUUAUCCCCAGAGGAGGUAUCGAGGAGGACGGAACAGUCAUUACACUUUAGUAGCAAUUUCUGCAAUUCUCCUUACAGUCUUAAGUGCCAAUUGGGACAAUCGACUCGUGCAAUACGUGCACAAAACAGGGAGCUGAUAUUCUCACAGACCUCACGGGUGCAGAAAAUUGUUGCGUUCUAGGAAACGUGGCAUCUGGAGUUAGACAUAAAACUGUCAUGCACUGCAAAAUUUGUCAGGAGAAAGCCAGAGUGCAAAACCUGGUUUAUGUCCCAGCCCUGAAGUGAAAACACAAAUUUGUUUUAGUUGGUAUAAAGCUAAGCAGUCUUACAGGCUACCCGUGGCAGUGUUAUAUACUCAGAUUUGAAAGCAUGGGUGGAUGUAUUUAUACAUGCAUGUAUAUGAAUUAGAUUUUAAUAGUAACAGGCAUGUCUAUUUGAAGUGGAACCUGGUUUUCUUCUAAUACCAGCUAAGGAGAGAGUGCUUCUUAAUAACCAUCCCGUCUUCUUCUGUUACAUACAGCCCUUCUGCCGACUUGUUUACACCGUAUUCUCAGCGUUAUGUCUAAUCCAGACGAGCUCUGUACAAGCAGCCGUUUCCUACUCCGGUGGUAACAGCGUUCGGGAGACGCUGCAGACACAUUUUCCAAAGGAAACGACAGAAAUCCAUAUCCAUGCAAACCCGCGCGUUUCCCGCGGCUGCCGGGCCACGGGCGCCACCUGCCGGCCGGCGGGGGCACCGCAGCGGGGGCAGCGCCGCUGCCGCCUUGUAUUCUCUCACCAUAUUUAUUAGAUAAUACCUCCUUUUUUGGUUGUUUUGUUUUGUUUUGUUUUGUUUUUCCCUCCCCGCAUCAUCUCUGUUUUUUUCAAAAUCAUGGUUCGUGUGAGUUUUUAGGCGUGCAAGCCUCAGAGCUGGCACAGGUCCUUGCUGUACCUUUGGGGCAACCCGAAUCCACAAGGUCUUUCCUUGACAAGGGAUUGCCCUACGGAGGGGAGGGGUGCUGACUCAAGCCUAACAGAACAGUUCUGUUCUUUUUGGACUCCUCCAGUAAUAAAGCUUAAUGUCUACACAGGACUUCUAGAAAGUUGAAAUAUAUUGGAUAUUUGUGAAGGUCAGACACCUUUGCUGGGUGGCCAGGUGGCUGGUGAGUGACCAGUGACUGAGUCAGUACCCGUCUGCUUCUGGAAACACCAUGAGUUUUAUGAAAGUGGUCUAAUCAAAAAUAUUUUGUUAUAUCUUGAUCAGUGUAAGGAACAAAAUAUAAAUGUUUUAAA